UACACAGUCUGCUUCGUAUUUGAUGGCGACGCCUGCUCCAGCCUGCAUGUCGAAUGGGGCGGCACGGCGUUGAAGGCCCCCGAGCCGCUCGAGCCAGGAAACGCAGAUGGAGAACCUCGUCCAGGAUGGUCAAGCAUUCUCUCGAACUGCACAGUACUACACUGUCCUCUGGCAAUCAGCAUGUGUUCAGGGAGACAUUCUCCGAGGGAAGGCAGCCUUUGACUUUCUCUCCAAGUCACAGCUGCCGCGUGAGAUCCUGAAGCGAAUUUGGGACAUCGCGGACUGGCAGAAGCGAGGGCUGGCUUGGGAGGAAUUUGUCGUGACCCUGAAGCUCAUCUCAGCUGCGCAGAAGAAGCAACUGGUGUCGUUGGAACGAGUGCUAGAGACAUCAGGGCCGACUUCGAAGGUGAACAACACUCCGCCCAUUCAACCAUCCCCCUCAGCAGAAGUUGACAAGGAAUCCAAGUGGAGCCUUCUCUACGGGGAUGCUGAUCAACCUGGCGAUCUGAUGUGGUUGGUCUUGAGUUGUCAAAAGGAAAGCUGCUUGCUGCAGAUGGAUGGUUUCUACACGGUCACUAUCCGGUGAAGCACAUACUUUGGGGGUGGCCAUUCUGCAGGAGGAAUCUGUCGAGCCUUGUGCAGUAGCUUGACUUGAGCGCCCAAAAACAUUGGGUAGUGGCAGCUGGAAAUGGCAGAGCCCGUUUCGGACAAUCAGUCCAGGGACGCACUGUAUGAUUCGGGUGAGUCGCUAAUAAAAA